GAGUAGCGAAGAAAUAAAUAAGUGUCCGAAGGGCGUCUUCACGUAAUUAUAGCGCGUUCCGCUCGUCAGCGAUGUGCGCCUGCACUAAAUCUAGUGCGUUUAGGGGGGGUUAUUUUCGAAGCACGUGCUAAACAAAAUGUUCCUGUCGCUGUAAAAUAUCGUAUCGUUGGACAUUUUUUAAAUUAGAAACGCGACUAUUAAUCGAAGUAAAUUAAUACAAUAACGAUUGUGUGAUAAACAUUCAACGUACAAAAUGGCUCUUGGUGCAGCAGUAGACAAUUCGGAACCAAAGACCAAUAAUAACCUCGACGGUGCAAUCGACAAAGUCAAUAAAACUAAGCCAGGAGAUGCGAAAAUUGCAGUCGUAAAUGGUAACAGUGAAAUACCUGACGCAAAAACACCACUUCAAAACGGCCACGUGGAUGUUAGUCCAGAAAAACAAACCAAAGAUGCCGAAGAAUCGGAGAAAAAAGACGACGAAAAUAAAAACAAAGACGAAGUCGUCUUCAUUCAAGAUGUAGGUUUUUCGAUAAAAAUCGUAAGUCCCGGUGCUGAACCAUUCGAUAUUCAAGUCUCUAGUAUGGAACUUGUCCAAGAAAUCCAUCAGUUGUUAAUGGACAGAGAAGAUACAUGUCACAGGACAUGUUUCUCUCUCCAACUCGACGGUAACACGCUUGACAAUUUCGCCGAGUUGAAAAACAUCGAAGGCUUGAAAGAGGGUUCAGUCAUCAAAGUGGUCGAAGAACCUUACACCAUGCGUGAAGCGAGAAUUCACGUAAGACACGUGAGAGAUUUACUCAAAUCUCUUGAUCCGGCCGAUGCUUAUAACGGGAUUGAGUGCAAUUCUUUGAGUUUCCUCAAUACGGUCACUCAAGGUGAUAUUUUGGAGAAGAAGAAAAUGAGACCAGAGAGCGUCGACUGUACUCCUCCGGAUUUCAUAAUGCCCGACAGCAAAGACCGACCUUUGUCGGCUCUACAGCCACAACUUAAAGACCAAAAAGUGGCUCAAUGUGUCAAAGUUUUGACCACUUCGGCUUGGAAUCCGCCACCUGGGUAUAGGAAGAUUCAUGGCGAUCUUAUGUACCUCUAUGUGGUUACUUUGGAGGAUAAACACUACUACAUAUCGGCCUGUUCGCGCGGUUUUUAUAUAAAUCAAUCUACAGCUGAAGAAUUUAACCCCAAACCGGCCACUCCUAGUCACUUGUGCCAUUCUUUAAUCGAACUUCUUAACCAAAUCUCUCCACAAUUUAAACGUAAUUUUGCUCUACUCCAGAAGAAGAGAAGUCAAAGACACCCCUUCGAACGUGUGGCAACACCGUACCAACUUUACAGUUGGACUGCGCCCAUGAUGGAGCAUACCAUAGAUGCCAUAAGAGCUGAAGACACUUUUUCUUCAAAAUUGGGCUACGAAGAGCACAUCCCCGGUCAAACUCGCGACUGGAACGAAGAACUCCAAACUACGAGGGAAUUACCGAGGAAAACUCUCCCCGAACGACUCUUGCGCGAAAGGGCUAUUUUUAAAGUUCACAGCGACUUUGUUGCUGCUGCUACAAGAGGUGCCAUGGCUGUCAUUGAUGGUAAUGUAAUGGCGAUAAAUCCGGGCGAAGAAGCCAAAAUGCAAAUGUUCAUCUGGAAUAACAUCUUUUUCUCGCUUGGUUUCGACGUCAGGGAUCAUUAUAAGGAGUUGGGAGGGGAUGCUGCCGCUUUCGUAGCUCCUAGAAAUGAUUUGCAAGGAGUUCGUGUUUACAGCGCUGUUGAUUUGCCGGGACUCUAUACCCUAGGUACUGUUGUUAUUGAUUAUAGGGGGUACAGAGUGACGGCUCAAUCGAUAAUUCCUGGUAUUCUCGAAAGGGAACAGGAACAGUCAGUUGUUUAUGGGUCUAUCGAUUUUGGGAAAACGGUCCUAAGCCACCCUAAAUAUUUAGAUUUGUUGAAUAAAGCCGGUCAACAAUUGAAAAUCUUACCUCAUCAUGUACUUAACGACAAGGACGAACCUAUCGAACUGUGCUCAAGUGUUGAAUGUAAAGGGAUCAUUGGUAACGACGGUAGACACUACAUCUUAGAUCUCUUGCGUACUUUCCCCCCGGAUGUCAAUUUUUUGCAACUUGAAGACGAAGAAUUAAGUAAGGAAGUGAAAAUGUUAGGUUUUCCGAUUAAACACAAACAUAAAUUGUGUUGCUUACGUCAAGAAUUGAUCGACAGUUUUGUUGAUUCGCGUUAUAUGAUGUUUAUAAAGUAUGCUGCAUAUCAUUUGCAACAGUUGAAUAUACGUAAAAAUGACGCUAAAAUCAAUAACAAUCAGGCAAUUGAAGACAAUAAGACUGAAAAUGAUGAAAAUAAAAAGAGUGAAACUGAAACUAAAACAACUGAUGAAGGUAAGAAAGAACAAAUUGAAGAUGAAGAAGCGAAGAAGAUUGUUGAGAGUAUAACUGACGGAACUAACAAAAUUGAACUGGAAGAAAGUACCAAAAAUAUUGUUAAGACAGCAGCUGUCGCUGUUGGCUCCCUCAAAGACACGGAAUUUGAUAUUCGUUUCAAUCCAGAUGUUUAUUCCCCGGGUAUCAAACAUUGUGAUAAUCUUGACCCAGCAAUCUCGAAACAAAGACAAUUGGUUAAAGAUGCUGCUGAAUUUUUGCUUACCGUACAAAUUCCCACAUUUAUUCGCGAUUGUUUAGAUCAUUCUUCGGCUCCUAUGGACGGUUUUACUUUAUCUGAAGCGAUGCAUAAUCGCGGAAUUAACAUUAGAUAUCUCGGUAAAGUCACAAAUUUGUUAGCAAAAGUAAAACAGUUGGAAUAUUUGCAUAGCAUUGCUGUUGCGGAAUUGUUGCUAAGGGCCGCUAAACAUAUUUUCACCGUUUAUUUGCAGGGGUCAGAAAUGAUGAAUUUGGCCGUUGCUAUUGCUCACUUCCUGAAUUGUUUCCUGUAUUCUGGCCAAGUUCCCAAUCCUCUACAAGGCGUAGAUGAGAGCAAAAACAACAGGAAACGCAACAAACGACGGGGUAAAUUGAAUCCGUUGGCUUGUAACGACAAUAACGAAUGGGCGAAUCUCACCCCUAAAUCGCUUUGGUCGCAGUUGAAACAAGAAUUGAAGUCUUAUUUCGAUUAUGAUCUGUCCACCAACGAUAUUGAUGCAACAACAGAAACUUUCUGCUUACAAAAAAUCUCAUUAUUAAGAGGGUUUUGUUUGAAGACCGGAAUCCAGAUUUUAUUAAGGGAUUACAAUUUCGAUUCAAAGAAUAAACUUAUUUUUUACGAGGAGGAUAUUCUUAACAUUUUCCCGAUAGUCAAACACAUCAAUCCUAGGGCAACUGACGCUUAUAAUUUCUACACCACGGGGCAAAAUAAGAUACAACAAGGGUAUCUUAAAGAUGGGUACGAGUUAAUUAGUGAAGCCUUGAAUUUGUUGAAUAAUGUGUAUGGGGUGAUGCAUCCGGAAAUUGCACAAUGUUUAAGAAUGAUUGCCCGUCUUAAUUAUAUCAUGGGGGAGCACACUGAAGCGAUGGCUUAUCAACAGAAAGCGGUUUUAAUGUCCGAAAGAGUCAACGGGAUUGACCACCCUUACACAAUAACCGAAUAUGCACAUCUCGCCUUAUAUUGUUUCGCUAAUAGUCAAGUUAGUACCGCCCUUAAAUUGUUAUACAGGGCAAGAUAUCUUGCCGUACUCGUUUGCGGUGAGAAUCAUCCAGAAGUUGCCUUGCUUGAUAGCAAUAUCAGUUUAAUUCUUCACGCCGUUGGCGAAUACGAACUUUCUUUGCGUUUCUUAGAAAAGGCCUUAGCUUUAAAUAUCAAAUAUUACGGGGCCAAAUCUCUUAAGGUCGCCGUCACUUAUCACUUAGUGGCGAGGACCCAAAGUUGCAUGGGUAACUUCCGGUGUGCGCUUACCAACGAAAAGGAAGCUUACGCCAUCUACAAGCAACAACUCGGGGAAAAUCACGAAAAGACCAAAGAAUCCUCAGAGUGUCUCAAACACUUGACGCAGCAAGCCGUAGUGUUGCAGAAAAAGAUGAACGAGAUCUAUACUGGUAAGAACGGAGCUUCACUGCCACCUAUACAAAUCCAGCCGCCUUCCAUGAGUUCGGUCUUGGACAUGUUGAACGUCAUUAAUGGGAUUUUGUUCGUUCAGAUAAGUCAAGAGGAUAUCGAGAACUUCAAAGCCGAGAUCGAGAAGAGACAGCUGAACGAAGAGAAUGAAGCGGAAGAGGAGAAACCAAAAUCAGAAGCUUUGGAAAAUUAGUAGGAUUUUAGAUGUAAUGAAAGUUGAAAGAUAGUCGUCUCGUUAGUUAACUUCGUAGUGGUUCUUGUGCGUGCAUUUUCCUACGAGUCAGUAACAUGCAUUUUUAUCGCUCAACGUAAUACUAGUCAAAUGUGCGAAACUGCCUUCCAUUGUAAAAUUGUAAAAAUUGUUGUUGACGAUGUACAUUUUAAGUGAUCUAGUGUUGUGGAUUUCUUUCCUGAGUACUGCUAUUGUUGUUGUAAGUUAAAUAUGAAAUAUGCUGUUGUUUUGUGAUACGCAUUAAUUAAUUGUAGUUUAAAGUUGUGAUUAAACAAUUAUCAAGACAGUGUAAAUUUGCAUGUUGCCUAGACAAAGGGAAAUUAUUUUUUAUUGUAUUUUACUUUGAGUGCGCCAACUUUAGUAAGGUGCAGUUUUCUAUGAUAGAACAGAUUUUUUUGUAAUCUAAAUUUUGUUAAAAUAAAUCCAGUUGAUUACAAUGAAA